CUGGAUGACACGCUCGCGCUCGGUGGGAGGGGUUGUCUGGGAGCGCACAUGCAUGGAAAAGGCAUGGAGGAGUUUGAGAGAGGAGGAGAGGUGGAACAGGAGGAGAAGGCUAGUGACAGCGACUCCGCUCCUGAAGAUGUCAGUCUGUCUCGUGGGAGAGAAGAGGCGCUGAAGACGCUCAAAGCCACCUCCACGGAAGCCAGGAGGGCGACAGAGAGGGUGAAAGAAAGGAGAAAGAAGAGACAGCAGCUCUACAAGACACAGAAAGACGCAAAAGAGGAGAGAAAAAGGAGUACAAGAUUUCCCGAAUCAGAUUUGAAGAAGCUGUGGGAGAUGGAGCAACAAAUUGCCCAAGAAGACAUCUCAGAGGAACCAGCUUCAAAAUCAAGUAGAAGUAAGUUGCGUCCAUAGUAUAAUCAGGCGAGCGAAGUGAGCCUACGUAGUCAUUUCAAUGUGGAUAUUAUGUUGUGACCCGCACUGCCAGACUGCACUUACCGUAAUAUUAUACGUAUGCGCGAAAACACGUGAAAAUUGAACGGCUCGCUUCACUCGUGAAAUAGUAAUAGCAACAGUGGUGCAACUUCACAAACAAGGUGUUUAGUACAGUGCAUAAAGAUUACUUAUUUCACUUCAGAAACACGGAGAAAAAACCAGCGGAAGAGCAAGAAACAACCACAAACUGAACGUCAGUUUGGUUGUGUAAGAGUGGAGGCUCUUCCUACCAAUCCCGAUCGGACUCUGCCUGCUGCAGUUGGUAGAGAGAGGGCACUGGACUUUCUCCAUCAGCAGUUGUACCAGAGCAACAGAUACAGGAGGAUACCAGCCGUUAGCUUUCACUCUCAGAAGUACCGCAAUAAGCCAGCCGCAAUCUUUGUUUGACACACCUUCAUGACAUCAGUAAUCAGUGUCAUUUUUGCCACUCAUGUCAUCUUGUGCCCCCUUUUCCUCCCACUCUUGUUGCAUCAACUAUUGAAUAAUGUGCACUUCCAAAAUGUGUUGGGGACAAACUAUUGACUCUGUCUAAAGAAUAUACAGUGGAACCUCUGAUAAGGGACACUCCGAGAUAGGGACGACCUCUCUACAAAGGACACUUGUUUCAACCCC